UAACUCGUUAAGACUAUUGAUAUAAGCCUUCUCAAGUCAUCUAAGUUUUUGCUUUUUAGAAAGAUUUACAUAAGCCUUUCUGACUGACAUUAUUAAAUAAACAAAUUCAGUAUAGGUACAAUUAUUACCUGCUAUUAUACAGUUACAGCCUGCUGUUCAGCCAGUUCAAUUUCCAGUGGCAGAAGAAAGGUUUAUCUUAAACAAACAAAAGUGAAAUAGUAUUGGUUAGAUUGUAGGUUAGGAACUUGUUUGUCACGUUUACGUUUCAAAGAACGAGUUAAAAAUUGUAAUUUAAUCGAACAUAAGUACAGUUAUAUUAUUAUUUCUUACUUACUUAUUAUAAAAUGUGCAGAAGACGCCAAUUAAUAAUAAAUAACGCUUAUGAUUUUAUAACUACACUUUCAACGUUUCCAAGAAGAAAACUUUUGGAAGUCCAUGUUGGACCACUUUAAGAAUGUUUUUAAAGUCACCUGCUACAUGCGCUCUUUUGGACAUCAUUUUUUAGUUUUAUUUAAAUACUCUGUACAAAGUUAUCAAAAAGAACACAUUCAGAGAACUUACAUAGAUAACAUUUUAAAGAUAAGUUAUAGAGUUCUCUAAAAAUUUGUCUAUAAUAAGUUAACUAUGGAGUUCUCUAAAAGUUGUCAAUAUGAUAACAAUUUUAAUACCGAAUGAGUCCAGACGUCAAUUGCUGACAAAUUGAAAGCUUUCAGACAACUUUAAAGAUAACCUUAAAAAGAUACGAUGUAGAGAUCUCUAAAAGUUCGCUGGUGCUUAUUGGGUCGUUUAUUUGAAUACGAAAUCCUAAUUUAUUAAAAUACAGCAUCAACUAUUAGGUAAAUUAUUUAUUUAGUUCAAAUGUUCUGAAUUUAUAACCUACAAAGCGUUUAUUGAAAUAUAAAGAUUUGAAAAAUAUCUUCUUAAUGAUUCAGUCCGAACAAAUCAUUUCUUCUUUUCAGCAAAAUCUUUGAUAGUUCUUAUAAAAUAUUAUCUUAUUUGACGUCUAUAUUAUUUCCUUAUAUCACUUGAAGAAAAAAAUAUUUUCAACAAUAAUUUACUUAUAGGUAAAAAAAACACAAAUUCAAAUAAUAAUUUUUAUAGCACUGGGUGACUUAAAUGCGGAUUUAAGGCAUGCAAAUCCAUGGCGUAAGUAGCUCUUUCUGGAACUGUCUACGCUCGUGCGCUAACCUCCCGCUGCCAGAAAGGGCUACUUACGCCACGAAUUGCGUGACUUGGCAGAUUUAAUCAAGCAGUGCUAUAAAAUAUUGUACGAUACUCGAGUCGUAUGUUCACUUUCCAGCACGGCGUAACCUCGCCGUGCCAGAAUGUGCCUCAUACGACGCGACACUUGUAUCGUAAUGUACUAUGGGUAACUGAAACUAAAGAAAUCGCUUCCGCGCAUACAAAAGUUAUAUGAAAUAUGACUAUUUCAUUUUUUCAGCGUCAUUGGUGCAACGAUUAAAUCAAAUUUGGGAUGCAAGGUAAUGUCAUUUUUCCGCUCAUUGGAUAGCUAUAUUGUUGAGAUCAUUUAUUACUUAUUUAAUUCAUAAUUAACUAUACAUACUUGAUAAUUAUAUAGCUAAUUUCGAUAAUAUUAAUAAAAAGUUCAUACAAUAAGUUUUCCGGGUUUCGCCGCGAAAUCAAAAAUGAUAUUUUCGCAUGACGCAUUCAAACGCGGCUCGGUUCCCGCCGUCCCGCCGCUGCGCGCGGAGAGAGCGGCGGCGGCCAUGUCGUCUGCUCACACCCUCCCCUGACUCUACACCAAGCAAAUUUCUUUUUCAUUAAUUAUUUCGGAACUUUGCGCUCAUCGGAAUUGAUUAAAAAAUCGUUUCCAAUGCAAAAUUUAACGCUUUUUUCAUUGAUGCUAGCCAUUUUCUCAUAGAAUCAUCGAAACGAAAAGGCCCUGGGCACCAUGAGGAGCUUGGCAGGAUGCCACACGAACUAGUGCAUUUCAGCCUUACAAGCCUCCUACGCUGUUGACAAAUUUACAAAGACGUAACACUCAAACUAAAAUUCCUUUACCUUAUGGAGGUGGAGAUGUGACUUUUUAUACAUUAACGGAUCAGGGUGAACUUACAGCUGACAAUAUUCAUGCAGCAACUGUAGAUACACCGGAUGAAAAUGGUCUUACUGGACUUAUGUGGGCAGCUGGUUAUGGCCAAUUAAAUAGUGCAACACUUCUACUAAAGAAUGGGGCAGAUAAAAACUACAAAGGAUCUCAUGGUCAAUCGCAUUUGCAUCUAGCUGCAGCUUAUGGACAUCAUGAUGUUGUAAAAUUGCUCUUGAAUUAUGGUGCUGAUUCUAAUACAAGUAAAGAUGAGGGAAACACACCUUUGAUUUAUGGAGCGCAAGGUGAUCAUCCACAUGUUUGUUAUGAACUUUUGACAAGAGGUGCGGAUAUAACAAUGACUAAUGCCAAUGGACUUAAUGCUUACAAAGCCGCUAUACUCAAAAAUACAUCAACAGCUAAAGCAGUAUUUGAAAAUUUUCUUGUACAAAAAAUUGUAAACUUAUCAUCAGAGAUAUUUUAGUAAUAAAUAAUGUAAAUACAUAUAGUAAUAUCUUUCGACAAUUGAACCAAUAUAUGGAUAGCUUUGGAUAUGAAUGUUAAUACUCCAAGAUGCAAAACAAAUAUUUUGUUGAUAUUGUCUUAUCACUGUCCUUAUUUAAUAUUCUAGUCAACUUUCAACAUCAUGUAGUUGGAACUUCUUGUGACGGUUUUGAAGGAUUAUGAUAGACUAGCCAUAUGGCCUCUUGUAAUGCUCUCAAACAAGCAAUAUUGGCUCCAAAUCCACCAGCCUUUUCUACUUCAGUCUCUUUUCUAACAUUAAAAAUAUAGCCCCGUGUCUGCACCUCUCUUAAUCCUGGAGGAGUUGGUCCUUCGAUUUCUUGAGUGAUAGGAACAUACUGAUAAGUGGGACCCUCAUCCAUUUUAGGUAAUUGAACAAAACCUGUACUAUUCUGUUGUCCAAACUUAAUGCCUGUACUGAAGCUAGUUGCCUUAUUAGGUGCUAGAUUAAAAUAUAGUUGUGAACAUUUUUUUUGUCCUUACGCUGUAACUUUUUGAAUAUCAAUUUCUGUAAAAAUUAGUAAAGCUAGAUUCAACUGUAAUUAUCUUUUACUUUAUGGGUUGUUCUUUUUGGCAACAUAUAUUUCAAACAAAAAAUAAGUUAAUUAAUUAAAUAAAAUAAGUAGUACAAUGUU